CAAUUUUCAAAUUUUUUUUUUUUUUAAAACUAAAAAAAGAUUCCAAAUUUUGAAACCCAUACGGAGAGAGAGAGAGAGAGAGAGAGACUUCUUCAACAGAGAGGUAGCUUUCAUGGCUUGGAAGAUGACUACAAAUCGAGUUUUGUAUUGUGGUUCUCUUUCUGGGUUUCAGCUGACCCACUUGAAAGCAAUCUCGGACAAUUAAUCUUGUCAACCAUUUAAUCGAGAAAAAUCCCAAGUAAAAAAGUUCAUUUCUGGGAGAAGAUGUUGUGUGCUUGUUCAGGAGAGCAAUUCAAAUUUGAAGAACCGCCACAGUCACCGGAGUCUCUCGCCACCAGGGACUUCUCAGCUAGUGGCCUUUCGUCAAGGACUGGAGAGUGGGAUUCAAAAUUUGAAGACAUUCAAGUGGAUGAAGCUGAAUCCACCCUAAAAGAAGCUCUAUCCUUGAAUUAUGAGGAAGCUAGAGCAUUGUUGGGGAGGCUUGAAUACCAAAGAGGGAAUUUCGCUGCUGCCCUUCAAGUCUUUCAAGGCAUUGACAUAAGAAGUUUAACCCCAAGGAUGUCCAGGGCUAUUGUUGAGAGAACAAGGCAGCGGAAAUCGCGUUCUAAAGGUGAUAUUGUGACACACGGUAUAAUGUCAAUGCAUUCUGUUAGCUUGCUUAUCGAAGCAAUAUUACUCAAGGCAAAAUCGCUGGAAGAACUUGGAAGAUAUAUAGAGGCUGCAAAGGAGUGCAAAAUAAUUCUUGAUACGGUGGAAUCAGCACUACCCAGUGGAAUGCCUGAGGGCGUUGGUGAGGACUGCAAAUUGCAGGAGAUGUUUCACAAAGCAUUAGAAUUGCUUCCUAAUCUGUGGACUAAAGCGGAGUCUCUUGAUGAUGCUAUUACGGCAUAUCGCCGAGCUCUAGUGAAGCCAUGGAAUCUGGAGCCCGAGAGGUUGGCUAACCUGCAGAAAAACUUAGCUGCAAUGUUACUUUAUGGUGGAGUUGAAGUAAGCCUUCCUCCUGAGUUUCAAGUAUGGGGUCCAACAACCCCAAGAAAUAGUACAGAAGAAGCAAUCCUUUUGUUAUUAUUACUCAUGGGAAAGGUCACAAAGCAGGAAAUAAAGUGGGAUCCAGAAAUCAUGGAUCAUCUGACUUAUGCACUUUCUAUUACUGGUCAUUGUGAAUUAUUAGCAGAUCAUGUGGAGCAGAUUCUUCCUGGAAUAUAUAACCGGGCUGAGAGAUGGUACAUUCUUGCCCUUUGCUAUAGUGCGGCAGGCCUGAAUGAAGCAGCAUUGAACCUUUUAGAAAAGGUCACAGGUAGUUCUGAAGCAAACAAUAAACCCCACUUUGCUUCUUUCCUUUUCGGAGCAAAGCUGUGUUCCCAAGAUCCAAUUCGUGCUAAUCAAGGAAUAAAAUUUGCUCGUAAAGCAAUUGAUGUGGUUGCUAAUGAUUGUGAACAUUUUGGGGGUCAAGCCAAUAAAUUUCUUGGUGUUUGCUACGGCAAUGCAGCUAGAGCUUCUAUAUCUGAUUCUGAAAGGAUUCUUUUUCAGAGAGAAUCUUUGAAUUCUCUAAACCAUGCUGCUCUUAAUGUGAACGAGGAUCCUGAAGCCAUGUUUAGCCUUGGCCUGGAAAAUGCAGUACAAAGAAAUCUGGAUGCAGCUUUUGAUUAUGCAAUGACGUACUCUGAUAUGAUGGUUGGCAGCUCUGGACGUGGGUGGAAGUUACUAGCCCUUGUGGUUUCUGCGCAGAACCGGUUUAAGGAUGCUGAAACCAUAGUUGAUUUUGCUUUAGAUGAAGCUACGAGAAUGGAUCAGUUAGAACUUCUCAGAUUGAAAGCAGUGCUUGAAGUUGCUAAGGAACAGCCCAAACAAGCUAUAGAAACCUAUAGACUCUUGCUGGCUCUGAUUCAAGCACAAAAGGAGCUCCAAGCAAAGAACUUUGAUUCUGAGACAUUAACAGAAAAAAACUUGGAAAUAGAAGCCUGGCAGGAUUUGACUACCAUUUAUACAAGACUUGGUUUAUGUCCUGAUGCGGAAAUAUGUGUGGAGAAAGCCAAGUUGAUUGAAUUUUAUUCUCCUGGUACUUGGCAUGCAACAGGUACGGUUUUUGAAGCUCAAUCAUUGUACAAGGAAGCCCUCGUAUCAUUCUCAGUCUCGUUGUCAAUAGAAGCAGACUAUGUCCCAAGUAUUGUUUCAACUGCAAAAGUACUGAUGAAACUGGGGAACCAAUCACUUCCAAUUGCAAGAAGCUUUUUAAUGAAUGCCUUGCGAUUAGAACCAACAAAUCAUGAAGCAUGGUUAAAUCUUGGAUUGCUUUCAAAAAGGGAAGGCUUUUUGAAACAAGCAGCAGACUUUUUUCAAGCUGCACAUGAGCUCGAGCUGUCUGCUCCAGUGCAGAACAUUGCAAAACAGUGUCUCUCCAAACAAUCUUAAGCAUACAAUUUCGUAAUAACAGAUUCAUAUGCCGUCUUAGCAUCCAGUCUCCAGACGCCAGUGAAUCCAUCAGGUCGUGUUUCCUUGAAGACGGAGUAGUUAUGCUUGUUCCGCUCUCUGUUGCCUGAUAUUUGAUACCUUUGAUUCAAAUGUACAGCAGCACCGGCUACUUCUCCCCAGUUUUUACUUCAGCUUCUUAAAGUUAAAUUGGACUCGGAUUCCCCUCAGCCUGGCCUGGCUUUCAAUUCCUUCAAUUGAAAUGUAUAGCAGCUCUUGAUAUUCCUGUUGCUUUUAGUUCGUUUUGUUUAAAUUUACAUUCGGACUAGAAAGAAAAGUUUGUGCCAACCUUGUAGACAUGUACAAUCAAUCAUUCUCUUCCAAUUUUACUAGCAAUUCAUUGCGAAUGGCAUUUCAUCUCAGAGAAUAUUUGGGUUUCAAUACAUGUUUCAGCCUCUUUAUUUAUUUAUUUAUUUUUAUCUUAAGAGAAUAUUUUGCCUUAAAAAUAACAUGGCUUAUUCAAACCUUAAUUUUCAUAAAAUCCACGGAGGAAAGCUGCUAUUUCAUAAUUUCUGACAAAUGGGAUUUAAGUUCACUCAUCACCAUGAUAAUUGUGAGAAGCUGACCCGUGCUUCCCCUGUAAACCACAAUUCUUUUGGUUGAUGUCUGAACCAUUGCUGUUCAUGGAAUUAAUACAUUUUGUGCUUCAAUUUUCCUAGCAAAUUACGCUCCACCAAAGAGGAAUAUUGAAAAGUAUCCCUUUAAAUCCUUUCGCUCAGUUAUGGCGUCUUUUAUCGUUAUGACCAUGGGUCGGACUGUAGGCUAGCCGUCUCUCUCGUUCAAUAAAAGCUUCGAGAAACGUAUUUUGAUUCAAUGUCUCGACGGAAUGGCUACGUCACAAAUACUGUUGACCUGUCACAGUCCUAUAAGCAUUGUUUCUGAUUGUGUUAGGUAGUCACAUUUAGUCCCACAUCGGAUGAUGAGCCAGACUCGCCAAGGCCAAAGUCGUAUAAAAGAGUAAUCUAGAGACUGAGCAAGUCAUACCUUUCUCGGCCUUUUGGCUAAGAUCAAGUGUAGUAUCUGUUCUUAUCAGUUUAAUAUCUGAUACGUGGGCCAAUGGUCCACACGAUAUUAAAUUAAUUUUUUAUAGGGGAGGGUUCACUACAGUAGCUUGCUACUGGAGCCUUCGCACGUCGCCUAUGCCUUGCACUAAAGCAUAGGCCUGGCGUACCCUACCAA